CAGUGGCCUUAAAAGUCAAAUGUGUUGCGUGAUGGUUUGUUCUUUUAUUGAGUCUUGUUAAAAUUUAGACAAUAAUAAUGGUUUGUACCGAAUGAUAACACGGCGAUGGAAGAAGUUUAAUGAUAACUUCGAUAUGGACCACCAAAAUAAUCAUGAUGCAACUAAUUCACUUUCUCCGAUAAUAACAAGUGAUUCUCGGUUGACGCCUGAUGAAAUUGUGGAUAUAAACAAAAAUUUCGCUUUAGACAAUAGCCAAAGUAACGCUAUAAAUAUAUGUACAAUAUGCUGUGAUCGCGCAACGGGCAAACAUUAUGGAGCUGCUUCAUGUGAUGGCUGUAAAGGAUUCUUUCGUCGAAGUGUGCGAAAAAAUCAUUCAUAUACUUGCAGAUUUUCACGAAACUGCGUCGUGGAUAAAGACAAACGCAAUCAGUGUAGAUAUUGUAGGCUAAGAAAAUGCUUCAAAGCUGGUAUGAAGAAAGAAGCCGUUCAAAAUGAACGAGAUCGCAUCAGCUGCAGACGUCCCAGUUUGGAGGAAAUUGAUACAUCUAAUGGUUUGUCAGUAAAAUUUUUACUCAGAGCCGAAAACUUUAGCCGCCAUUUUGGAGCAGCACUUGAUGAUACUAGUGAUGGAGAUGGAGAUUUAUCUAGAAAACGAUUUGCCAGCAUAAACGACGUAUGUGAUUCUAUGAAGCAACAAUUGCUGAUCCUGGUCGAGUGGGCUAAAUCUAUACCAGCAUUCGUCGAGUUACAGCUUGAUGACCAGGUGGCCCUACUAAGAGCUCACGCAGGAGAACACUUGCUGCUUGGUUUAUCAAGACGUUCCAUGCAUCUAGACGAUGUGUUGCUCCUGGGCAAUAACUGUAUCAUAACCAAACAGUGUCCAGAUCCGAAAGUGGCGCCAAAUCUUGAUAUAUCUAGAAUUGGUUCACGGAUAAUCGACGAGCUAGUUUGUGCCAUAAAAGAUAUAAAACUAGAUGAUUCGGAACUAGCGUGCAUAAAAGCGUUGGUUUUCUUCGAUCCAAGCAUAAGAGGCCUUAAUCAACCGCAAAAAAUAAAAGCAUUGAGGCAUCAAGUCCUCAAUAACCUCGAAGAUUAUGUUUCAGACAAGCAAUAUGAUUCUCGAGGACGGUUUGGAGAAAUUCUUCUGUUACUACCAGUUCUACAAUCAAUUACUUGGCAAAUGAUUCAACAGAUUGAACUGGCAAAAAUGUUUGGUGUAGCUCACAUUGACAGCUUACUGCAGGAAAUGCUCCUAGGAGGAGACACUGUUGAAAACCAGACACCUUCCACUCCUCCAUUGAACAAUAAUCACUCGCAAAGAAACACUAGUCCAACUCAGAUAGUACCUUGUGAGAACUCUGUUCAAGGGGACUCAAUGGAGCAAUCGCAGGACGCAUCUGGGAUUUCAGUAUGUGAAACGAUUGAGUCAGAAGAUGGACACAACCUAAUGACGCCGACGCUGAUUGAGGACAUUAGUAACUACAACAUUUCUUCAGUAGAGAAUACUUUUCAGCGAGAAGAUAAUAUUCAAAAUUGCAUUCAUCAUACGAGUGAUGGUCUAUAUAAUAAUCUAUACAUUUCAUCGCCAACUACCGGAGCGCAUUACGCACACAGUUCGGUUGAUCGACAUUCACAAACAAACUUAUUGUUACCUGUUAAUCAUCUAACCCGCAAUGAAUACCUUAAAUUAGAGUUAAAGCGAGAACCAGAAGCAAAUGGAUAUUGAAAUGUUGGACAUUUUUGUGAUGUUUUUAUUUUUAGGCUAUUGUUAAAGGGAUGCACAUAUAUAGUAAUAUAAGAAAGGCUGGUAAUUGUUAGGAAAUGCUGGAAGUAAAAAUCUCUUUUUAAAGGUGGUUUGUGAA